AUGAAAAUAAUUGAAUUUGUCAGUUUAAAGAAAGCAACUUUAUUUGCUCAUAAACGAAUUCAUGUUUAUUUAUUUGAUUCAAUAAUAGCUCCAACACCAUCUAUUGCAUUUUCCAUUCCAAAAAAAAAGAUUAAAAUGUCAAGCUGUCAAAUAGUCAAAUCCAAUAAAAAUAAUGCAGAUUUUAUUAUACCUACUGAUUCAGAUGCUGAUCGAUUUGCAUUAACUGAAACAGAUAUCACCGGAUCAACACAAACUGGUUGGAGAAUUUUAACUGGAAAUCAAUUAGGAGCUUUACUUGUUAAAGAUUUUACUACAAUUGAUACAUUAACAGGUUUUAAAUGGCUCGAAAAUAUAUCACAUCAAUUACUUAAUGAUAAAAAACAUGUUCUUUUUGGUUUUGAAGAUGUUACAGAUUUGACUAUUGAAAUUGUAGCUGAUUUUUGUGGCGAAGGUAAAGAUAAAAAGCCAACACUUCGUUGUUCAGCAUCAACACAAAUGAUAACAUUUUAUUUUUAUAAUGAUUGUGAAAUAAGAAUACGUGUCAGUGGAACUGAACCAACGAUUAAAUGA